UAGAUACUUCAGUAAUUUAUCAGUAAAGGUUUUUCUUUUAAUAGAGAGGGGGAGUGGUAUCAGACUGAAGAGUCUCUUUAAAGGGGAAACCACACAUGCAGAGAUGGUGUGUGAAGCCUGUGGGGUCCCUGCUUUGCAGAGGGGAGAGUUCUGGCCCGGCUCCAGCGGGGAGUCAGUAGCCGGGGAAUGGCUCUGCAUUGAGAGUGCAUUAGAAGCUGGAUCUUGAACGGAGAUCUCGCAGGCUGAGUGCAGGUCUGGCUCAGUGUGAGAGUGUUUAUAUUUAAUGCACUCACUGAAGCACUAAUGCACUUUCUAUCUAGGUGUGAAGGGUUCAUGGGGUGUGCUUUAUGUGCUCUUAUCUGGAGGGGUGGAGGGAUGUGUUUUAGAAAAGACUGCCAAACAUUUCAUUUAAUUAAGAUAUCAUCUUCAUCUCUGUGACUGUGAAUGGUAGCUUAUUUUAGUAUUCCUAUACGUAUGUAUCUGUCUUUACUGAUCUGUUUAUCCAACUAUCUAUCCAGCUCUCUAUCUCAUCUCUCUAUCUUGCUUAUCUAACUAUCUACCUGUAUCAGUCCAUCCAAUUUCAACCCUUAAAACUCAGCAUACCAGACAUCUGCAUCAGUGUUCGAGAUGACUCCUGCAUUGUGAGCUGGUUUUAAAAAAGAAACCACAGCACUCUGUGAAUGUGCACAGACGAUUCUGCUUGUGUAAAUGCACAGGAAGAGGAACCGAAAAUAAACAGCUGAAUUCUGAGAAUGACUUUCCUCAGGUAAAACAGAUCCUGUCGUUGGGUUGAGCGAAUGCAAGAUUGAUGAGGCAGCAAAGAAUAAUCGGGCCGAGCCCUCAGCCCCGUGUUCGUUCAGAUCUCGUUGUGUGCUGUAAACAAGCGGAAUUAGCUCCCGAGAAAAAGUGAAAUCGGACAUCGCUGCAUUAGGAAGGAGAGAUUCCUAGGGGCUCAGAACCUCUGGAGUUGAUACUGAACAGACUCCCUGAGAGACGGUACGUCAUGCUCCGUUUGAGCCCCUGUGAUAUGAAACACGACUUUCCAACUGACAAGAGUGAGCACGCUGCUGUGUAAUUAUAGAGGGGUGUGUUAGGGGUUAAAAAUCUCCUCCUCCCCCCAUGAAAAGAAUGCAGACCCUUACCCCCCCCCCAGCCUCAGUAACAGCUGAACUAACCCACAGGAUGCUUGGACCCGACUGGAUUACAGAAUAUCUCCCCCCGUCCCUCACACUGAACCGCUACUGUGUGUGAUCAGAGUGAGAGGGUAAGGGGCUUCGAAUUUCAUUUCCACCGACCGUCUUUCCCUGUCACUGGCUGUGACGUUAACAGUCUUUCCAGAGUGGUCUGAAUUGUAAUCAUUUUCAUUUAGAAACACUUAAAAGACAAAACAAAUAAAAAAUGGAAUGACAAACCUUUCGACCAAAAGUGUUUCUGAAGGUCUUCAGCGCUGAGAUGAGUUUGGAUUCACGUUCUGAUCAGAAUCCUCCUUGCUUGUAGAGUCCCAGUUGCCAGCCCCCUUUGAGUUCCAUGUGCACCGUGUGAUUUACAGGCAGAAUGUUGAGUCUGAUUAGAUUGUGCAUCUGGGCGGGACAAUGGAGAGUCCAGCGCCUGUGUCGCUGCCUGAUUAGAACCACGAUACAGUCUCUGGCUGCAGUAAUAUUACACACUUAGAGCUGGAGUGUUCACUGUGGUCAUUUCCCAAGCGUUUUACUUGAAAUCCUGCUCCGGUUUCAGACCUUGAACCCUUUUAGUUUUUUUGUUUUUUUGACCAAGUAGCUUUUGGGAUUGCAGGUUGAACACUGAACUUGUAGGAACGGACCCACCUUGCUAUCAGACCAUUGGGAUAGGAUUGGACAGCAUGUCAUGGUCUGGGUGUGAGUGCCAGUGUUAACUUGACUAAUGGACUUGAUAACAAGAGGCCCGUUUAGAAAUACUAAAAAUAUAUGCAACGUUCAGUGAGGAACAUUUUGAGAGAGGGAGGGAGCCAGGAAGAGAAGGAGGGAGGGAGAGAGGAGGUGUGUUCACCCUGCUCUCACUGACUCACUGUAGCGUGACAAUCCACAGGGAAAUUCACACUCCAGGUGUGAGCCGUCACAGGAACACCCUCCAGUUACAUGACCUAAAUCUUUACAUCAUGCACUGAAGCACAGGGCUUGAAACUGGAACCAGCACUGCUCCAGUCCUGGGGUUCAGAACUCCUCUUGAAACUGGAACCAGCCCUGCCCCAGUCCUGGGGUUCAGAACUCCUCUUGAAACUGGAACCAGCCCUGCCCCAGUCCUGGGGUUCAGAACUCCUCUUGAAACUGGAACCAGCCCUGCUCCAGUCCUGGGGUUCAGAACUCCUCUUGAAACUGGAACCAGCCCUGCUCCAGUCCUGGGGUUCAGAACUCCUCUUGAAACUGGAACCAGCCCUGCUCCAGUCCUGGGGUUCAGAACUCCUCUUGAAACUGGAACCAGCCCUGCCCCAGUCCUGGGGUUCAGAACUCCUCUUGAAACUGGAACCAGCCCUGCUCCAGUCCUGGGGUUCAGAACUCCUCUUGAAACUGGAACCAGCCCUGCUCCAGUCCUGGGGUUCAGAACUCCUCUUGAAACUGGAACCAGCCCUGCUCCAGUCCUGGAGUUCAGAACUCCUCUUGAAACUGGAACCAGCCCUGCUCCAGUCCUGGGUUUUAUUUAAACGAUGAGGAUCCACCUGUAUACCAGGGCCCCUGACAUGUUUAUAGCACUGAUUUGUAGUUUUCCGAGUGUCUUGUUUCUUCGGGUCUAUGCAGGCAUGAAGCCCUGGAGGCAUUUCAUUGAGCUUCUGGCACAGCAAGUUGAAAUACAACUUGGAUUAAAACCGGGAUGACAUCAUUUUAUUUCCAUGGGAUAGUUUGAACAAUAUGCAAUUCAAAUUAUUACUGUACUUCAUAACCGCGUUUAUGAUGCUGGAACACUGUUUUACUUUUAGGAAAUAAGAGAAGGAAAAUAAAACUUAAGAGAAGUAGGCCAAAGAAAAGCCAGUGUAAACAUUCCCCAUCAAAAUCAAAGUAUAAAGAAAGCCCAGAGAGGUCUGGUAAAGCAUAGGGAAGCAUUGCAAGGCACAGAGAGGUGUGGUAAAGCAUAGGGAAGCAUUGUAAAGCACAGAGAGGUCUGGUAAAGCAUAGGGAAGCAUUGUAAAGCACAGAGAGGUGUGGUAAAGCAUAGGGAAGCAUUGUAAAGCAUAGGGAAGCAUUGUAAAGCACAGAGAGGUCUGGUAAAGCAUAGGCAAGCAUUGUAAAGCACAGAGAGGUGUGGUAAAGCAUAGGGAAGCAUUGCAAAGCCCAGAGAGGUCUGGUAAAGCAUAGGGAAGCAUUGUAAAGCACAGAGAGGUAUGGGAAAGCAUAUUAAAAAUAAAGCAUGUCAAAGCAGGGUAAAAGGAACAGUAUAACCAUGGGAAAAGCAUGGGAGAAUUGCACAAUGACCCUGGUUAACUUUUAUAAGGGCGACUGCACAUUUACCACAUGCUUCAAUGGCUAACCAUACAUGCAUGAGAUUUGCCAUGCUUUAACCACGGGAUCCCACAGUACGCUUUUAUAAGGGGAGAGCCUGGCAUUCUCCACAGGAGCUGGCUGAUAGAAUCGGCUGCUCUGCUCUCGACUCGUCAUGCUGCAUCCGAGGUAGGCUCGCGAGAGGAGCACAGAGAGGGGGAUGGUGAAGCUGCUGACGCUGCUGUGAUGAUGACAGCAAUGUGAUGCAGAGCUGGCCUCAGUGCUGCUGCUGCUGCUGCUGCUGUGUGAGAAUUGAACUGGGGACCUCUGGAACACAGCAAGGCCAGGAGAGAGCUGCACACACACAGGCAGGCAGGAGUCUGCCUGGACGGGACUGAGCCGUGCCAGUGUGAGACAGCGUCCUCGUGUGGAGCACGACAGGAUCGCAGACGUUUUUUACCGUUUCAUUUUCCUCUUGUUCCUGAAGCCUCACAAUGGCUGCCGGGGCCAUUCUUCUUCUGUUGUCCGUCGUUAUCCACCAAUCACCCGCGGCCUCCCCUGUACAAACCACGCCCUCGUUGAACUUUGACCACAACCUCCUCUCGCCUUCCGAGCUCAGAAACUACUCCUCCGCCCAACGGAAUUCUGACUCGGCCAAUCUGAACUCGGGGCAGCAGCCAGGCCCGCCCACCUUUCCCGUACCUGGCUGGAAUGAAGGUCCGGUAGAGGAGAUGUUGCUAGAACUUCCCUUGGUGGAGUCCAGUAUAGACCCCAGCGUUACAGUGGACAACUCCAUAAACGCUAGUGGUGACGGGGAAGGAGCUGCUACAGAGCCUGGUGAAGAGCAGCUAACAGACCCUGCCAUAGAGCCUGGUGAAGAGCAGCUAGCAGACCCUGCCAUGGCUGCUCCUGAGCCGACUGAGAAGGGUACUCUGCUGCCCCCAGUGGACAAAACUACAGCAGCGACAGCAGCGGGAUCUCCACUGCUGACAGAAGUGGAUUCCAGGACAGCUUCCACAGCUCCCAGUCCUAACAAGGAUGGCUUUACCCAGCUCCUGGAGUCUCCCAUUUCCAGUAAGGAAACUGAGAUGGAUGCGGAUUCAGGAAAGUUCAGAGAGGAUUGGGAAAGCACUAGGGAAAUGGGGAAUAGUACUGUGGAUCCUAAAGGAACUACUGCAACCACCCUCAGCCCUGACUCUCCCAGCGCCAAACUGGAGUCACUGAAUCCACUGGAGGCUCCCCAGUACCUGAAACCAGUAACCAUGAUGGUGCCGCCAUCGUCUCCCACUCCACCCACCCUCACCACAGCGUUCAAAAUGAACCCUGGUGCUACUUCUGCUGGGACCACACCCCAGGGGUGGCCAGGGGCUGGUUUGGCAUUCGAAUCGGACACUGACACCCCCAAAACAGCCGUGAAAACCCAAACUGGGACCCUGCCAACCCCCGCAGAAACAGAAGCCCUCCUUCUGGUCCCCCACACCCCAAAACAGGAGCCGGUCACUUUUCCAGAUUCAGGGCGCUACCUUGCCUCCUAUCAGACCACACAAUCCCUGCUUCUGCUGCGGAACCCUCAGGGGGGUGAUGUCACACGCCCGGCCGAAGAGGUCACAAUGGCCAAUACAAACAACAACAAUGCUGACCACUUCCUGUCUCCCAGAACAGAUGGGGAAACUGUGGGAACUCCUGGCCCCGACGCCAACCAGACACCCCAAAACACAGUUCAAACCAAACCCCCAAAUCCCCAGGGUCUUUCAACCACCUCUUCAUCUUCCUCUGUGUAUCCUGUGACCACGGGAACAGUGAGGUACGCAGAGGGCAACACCCCCACCUACAGGGCUACCUUGAUAGUGCAGGCUCAGGCCACCACCCCCUCCUUACUGCUGACCGCUAGGACUGAGAUGACCUCUACCCUCUCACCCGCCACCACCUCCACCGCUGUGCUCAAACCUACGAAGCAGACGAGAGCGGCGCACAAAGUGACCCCCACUAGCCAGCCUCCCCUCACCCCCCUCUCCACAGCGAAGAGGGCGGACAAAGGUGUUACAAAGACCCAGGGGACAACCAGUGAUGACAAUGUGACAUCAUCAGCCCCGAUGGGGGUAGUUCCCGUGGGAGGGGCCGAGCUAACGACAGCCAAUCACCAGUGGAGAACAGAUCCUAACAAGAGACUGACCCCCACUCCGCCACAGAAGGGGGGCCGACACUUCAUCCCCAAAGACCCCCCCCUGGUGAACGAGGCCGCGCCCCCCCUGGGACGGCCAGCCGGCAGCAGCCCUGGCCCGGCUGUGGUGACCCCCAGCCCACCUGCCCCGCAGCCCUGUCCCGGAGGCCUCGGAGCGUGCAGCCUGCUCCCCAUCCCCAACAGGACCUCGUCCCUGCGCUGGAUGGACCUGCGGCGCACGCUCUCCUUCGCCUGGGAGAUGCAUGUCUUCGGCACUGCGGCGCUCUUUCUCCUGCUGGCCCUGGGGGGGCUGAUAAACCUGAUCGCGACCCCCAUUCUCGAGCCCUCUGCCCGGGCUUGCCUGGGACUCGCCAACGCUCUGCUGGUUGUAGCUGGGGUGGUCCGGGGCGGCUAUUUCCUGACCGACCCCUACGGGACUAAAGACCUGCUUCCCCGGCCGGCUGUCAUAGGGCUCUACAAUCUGGGCUUCCCCCUGCUCCUCUCCGCCUUCGGGGUGUUGUGUCUGUUGGGGUACAGGACGGCCGGGUUGCAGGUGCUCCCCGAUGGCCUCCAGCGUCUACCCCUGGCUGGGGUGGUGGCCCUCCUGCACUCCACUCUCCUCCUGGCCGUGGAUCUCCUCUUCCUUGCCCUCAACCCUUCCGUCCACGUGGUCCUGCAGGUGCUGUCUGUGUCCUGGGGGGCCUUCCUCACCGCCGGGUUCCUCUACACCUACCCCCGGCUGCGGAGACAGGCCGUCAGCCCCUCGCUGGAGGAAGGGGGCUUCGGGACGGUCGACGGCUGCAAUAACGCGAUGGCCGUGGCCUCUGGUUUGAGCUCCAGGAGCAAGCUGGUCCUCCUCCUCUGGCGGGUGCUGGCUAUCUGCGCGGUGCUGGGCUUGCUGUGUUGUGGACUGCAGGUCUACGCUGUCCUCUGGCUCUACGGCAUCCUGGGGGACUGGCGGCACUUCACCUGGGCCUGGUGGCUGGUCCAGUUCUGGUACCGGCUGCUGGAGCUGGCUUGGGGCUUCUCCAUGCUGGUGGUGGCUUCCUGGAUCUUCUGGCGCCGGGGAGGAGGUGGGGAGGAUGGCGGCUGCACCGACGGCCACACCUGUUGGGUGAAGAUCGUGCAGAGCUUCUGCGGCCGGAGACAGCAGAAACUGGACAGCAACGGGGGCAGCUCCAACGGGAUCGGGAGCAACGCCGAGUUCCCCAACAACUGGGCCUCCCAGGAACGCAACGGAGCAGAUAUCAGCAAGAGCCUGAUCCGGAACCGCCCGGAAACCCUGCCCCUGAGGGCCCUGAAGGAGAGCAACGAGCGCCAAGCCAGGCUGGCCCUCCAGGGCGGCUCCACCAGCUCCCUGCUGUUCCUGAGGCAUGGGCUGGGGUCCAGGGGCAAGCUUCACAACCUGUCCCUGCUGCGGCGGUCCCACAGCACCGUGUGCCUCGAGAAGGAGUCCAUCCUCUCACUCGCGGACUUCGACUUCCGGCCCCCGUCCCCCAUCGACCUGAGCCGCAGCAUCGACGAGGCUCUCUUCAGGGAGCACCUGGUGAAGGACAGCCUGUUCAGCAGCUUCAUCCCUCACCGCUGGCUCAACGCUGCGGAUUCACGCACCUCCCUGGCGGGGGAGCUGUCCUCCACCCGCACGGGCUGCGAGCCUCUACUGCUGUCCUCUGUGGCCGCCUCGUCUCCUGCUGGCUUCAGAUACCGGCGCAGCAGCGACCCCAACUUUCUGUACAGCCUGGCAAAGGGCAGCUCGUGGGCAGAGCCUAGCGGGCAGACGGAGAGGGAGGAAUGUGAGAAGGAGGAGGAGAAAGAGAGGGAGACUGUCUUCCAAGGAGAACACAGCUCUACUCCCUCCAGCAGUAAUUUGACCACAGCAGUGACCACCAGCCUAGCAACAGGUUCAAAGACCCCCAAACACUUGCCAAGGACUCCCCCCAUUAGUACCGGCAGUCCGCUCACACCUCCGGUCUCAAUCCGCUUGCACCGGACCCCCUCCAACAACACCUCUCUGGACAGCCUCUCCGGGACCUCUCUCUCUCUGCAGACCGGGCAGGGCAUCACACCCACGGACGACCUUCGGGAGCCCUUCUUAGGGGUCAGGGUUCAGGGGUCGGAGCUGGACGACUCGGAGAGGGAGGCCAGGCGGAGCUUCCUGGAGAUCAGCCGACAGAUCGACUCGCUCAGCAUCUGCAGCGACACCAUCGACCUGUGAGCCCAAGGAGCGACUGCGUCCCCUGGAGGAUGAGUGAAUGCCAUGCCCAUGCCGUGACUGCUGCUCCUGCACUCAUUGCAAUACAGUGUUUAUAGAGACACCACUUUUUUUUUUUCUUUUUUUUUUUGGUGCGGGUUGCAGAUCAAAAAGGCACAAUACUAGUUAUCUGUGACGAGUCCCUGAGUGUUAAAAAAUAAAUAAAAAAGGCUUGUGACCCGUUCCUAAUCAGGGAGCGCUUCACAUAAACUUUCUUUUUAAAGACCACUUGAAGAGAGGAACAACAGAGAUGGACCGAGCAUAUGAAGUGACGCUUUCAAUAAGAGACUGUUAAAGCCACGCGGCAGUGCCUUUGUCAGUGUUAUUAGCAAAGCAGGCCAGCAUAUCACACGUGGAGCACGUUGUACAGACUGUGUGGACUUGUUUAUUCACACUUGACGGGAAUAAGCGAUGGAAAGAUGCUUCAGUUUCUGAGCUAUACUAGACUGACUUAAAAGGUGAUUUUAAUAUAUUAUUAUUGGUAUUAUUAUUAAGAAUAUUAUUUUGUAUUAAUUGUAUCAUUUUUUAUCAUUGUUAGUGUUCUAUUCUGUAAUAGAAUACUGACAAGCCAGUACGUCUUUUUUUUUUUAACAUUACUUGAACCUUGAAAAGUGAAACCUGAACAUCAGAGCCUCUAUCUAUGUUGCAGGGAUGGAAAUAAAGACUCCUGUUGCACAGCAGUUUCAUCCAUUCCUGGUUUUACUAUGAGUUUAAUAAGACACACCUGAGCUUGUUACCUGCACACACUGGGGCUAAUCAAGCAAAUAUACACAUCUGGAAUGGACGAAACAGCUAUGCAAUAGGAUUCUUAUUUCCAUCCCUAAUAUUGUGUGUUUUAAAAUACAGGACAGAGACUUUAAAAGAACUAGCGCCAUCUGCUGAGUCUUACAAGUACUUGCUAUUAAGCUACAGAGCAGUAUUGUAGUGUAGUUCAGAUCCCAGUGUAUAUAAUGCACCUCUAAUGCAAUGGAAUGUUUUUUCCUCACACAAAUAGGGACAGAUGCUGUUCCAAUGAAACUCUGUAGAAAUAUUCCAGGAAUACCCUUCACUGUUUUUCCAUGAAGCCCCCCACAUUCCGGUGUCUGUUUGGUGUAACGUUGCGCUGCUUCAUAAGCUACAUUUCAUUUCAUUUCAUUACGUCUCAGUACAUUUCAGUGCAUCUCAAUGCAUCUCAAUAGAGCUGCUAUGAUCAGGAUGCAGGAGGUGUUGGGUUUGACUAACUUGUGGGUGAAAGAAAGAAAAAAAGGGUUGCAGUGGGUUUGAGUCGGACAAUGGUUCAAGAAAGUGCUGGGCUGCAGGGUGGAAGGCAGUGGGUUUGAGUAGGACAAUGGUUCAAGAAAGUGCUGGGCUGCAGGGUGGAAGGCAGUGGGUUUGAGUAGGACAAUGGUUCGAGAAAGUGCUGGGCUGCAGUAGGUUUGAGUAGCUCAAUGGUUAGAGAAAGUCCUGGGCUGCAGUGGGUUUGAGUAGCUCAAUGGUUAGAGAAAGUCCUGGGCUGCAGUGGGUUUGAGUAGCUCAAUGGUUAGAGAAAGUCCUGGGCUGCAGUGGGUUUGAGUAGCUCAAUGGUUUGAGAAAGUGCUGGGCUGCAGUGGGUUUCAGUAGCUCAGUGGUUAGAGCACACAUGCACACACAUUUCUUAGAAGUACAACACACAACACGAGCUGCUUGUAUACAACACUCCUAUCAUUUAGAAGCCAAGGCUAACGUUAAGAAACCCAUGUGUCAGUCGCAUGCUGCAUUCAGAAGUUGAAAUCAGAACAGAAGGGUCAUUAUCAGUGGUUAAGUGACUGGUAGCAGUGCAGGUGUGUGUCUGCUGUAGGACUGAGGAAUGGAAACCCAGGUCCCACUGCAAACCCAAUACCUUCUGCACAGGAAGGGAGGAAGGGAAUGGAUUGCUAGUGUGAUGGUGGCAGGAUGAGGGAUCGAGGAUGGUGUCAUUCAACUAAACGAUAGGGGGAGAGAAUGCUGUUAGAGCUAAGAAAUGGAUCAGAACCACCACGUGGACUAAAGAGAACCAGCUGUAGAAAAUGAACUGUAUUAUAUUUGUACAACACUUUGUAAAGCCGUUGUUGUGUAUGAUAAUAAACUGUAUAAGCGUUUCAUGUUUUUUGUUAGAGAGCUUGAAGAUGUGGCACAGUGUUUUGAAGUCACCCUGGCCUGCAUUGUAAUCCUCAAUGAAAUGUAACCAGCUCUCUUUGUUACCUUUGAAAUAAGAUAUAUGUUUUAUAUGAAUGUUUUAAAGUCUAUACAUCACAUAUUUUGUGUCAGAUUUCCCUGUAUACAGUAUAUAAAAUAAAAUCAAAUCUCUAUAUUGUGACAUGCUUCUGGACUGCGUGCUGUAUGACUGAACAGUG